AUGGCUGCAAGCGGCUUGGAGCAAGUCGGAAAAGAGAUUGACGUCGGCUUGACUGAUGCGCACUCGAUCGAGCAGUUGUUGCAGGUUAUCGGGAAGCGGCGGCGGCGCUGGGCGAGCCGUUUGGCCGCCAGCUUGUGUGGAUACGGAGCUCAUCAACAGAGCGAGAGCAGCAUGACGGCCAAGAUGCUGCUACAAAGCUCAACCGGGAGCGACGAUUAUAUAGAUCAGGAGCUGCGUGGCAAAACUGAUCACCGCAUCGAGGAAACAAAGGAGAAUGCGGACCAGAAACAAAGCCUAGUUGGCGUUGAGGACGAUGAUGCGAUUCCCGAGACGAGCCGCUGGCCAGUCGGUGCGGUUACGAGAGUCGCCAGGAGACGGCUCCGCGCGGAAGCGGAAGGGGAAUGGGAAACAGGAUGGCUAGACCCCUUUGUGCGGAACGAACCAGUAUUGACAGAAGGCUUGAUCCUAAAGAGAGUCGUGGCGGAUAUCGAUGGCGGUCCUGAAUGCCGACAGCGACCGCAAUCGUCGCUGCUCCGAGUCGAUAUGGCUGCGUCGCAGCCUUUGAAUGUGAUCGUGAUGCGCUCGACAGCAGCGUCGGCCCGUUGCCGUUAG